AUGACCACUUACACCUCCUUGGAGGACUUCGACACGGCGUACAAGACCGUUAAUGCGACCUUCAAGUCGGGCACGACCAAAGAUCUCAAAUGGAGGAAAUGGCAGCUGAAGCAACUCUGGUGGCUGAUGGAGGAUAACGAGAAGCGAAUCCUCGCCGCUCUGAAGAAGGAUCUCAACCGAAAUGACUUCGAGAGCAUCUUCACCGACGUCGUUGGCGUGAAGACCGACAUCCUCCACCACAUCUCGAGCCUGGAGAAAUGGACCGCCGACCAACCCAUCGAUGCCGGUUUCAUCUUCGGCACGCUGGGCAAAUCCAAGAUCCGACGCGAACCUCUGGGCGUGACCCUCAUUAUCGGCGCUUGGAACUUCCCCAUCAUGCUCACUCUCCAACCGGUGAUCGCUGCUAUCGCCGCCGGCUGCGCCAUCGUGAUCAAACCCUCCGAACUAGCCGUGGCAACGCAAGACCUUCUCAUGGAGCUCAUCCCUCGCUACAUGGACCCGUCCGCCAUCGUGGCCGUUUCGGCUGGACCGGCGGAAAUGGGGCCGAUCCUCGACCGAAAGUAUGAUCACAUCUUCUAUACAGGAGGGUCCAAGGUGGCGCGGAUCAUCGCUGCGGCUGCCGCGAAGCACUUGACUCCCACCGUGUUGGAGCUCGGCGGUCAAGGCCCUGCAAUCGUGACGAAGUCGGCGAAUGUGGACCUUGCCGCGAAGAAAAUCGCCUGGGCGAAGUAUCUCAACGCCGGGCAGAUCUGUCUUUCGGUGAACCAUGUCUUCGCCGAUCCCGCGAUUGCGGACGAGCUGGUCGAGAGACUUUCACAUUGGUUCGAUGUCUGUCAGAACGGUGGAUCGAAACCGACUGCCGCGGCGAGCAACAUGGUCACCAUCAUCAACGAGCGCAACUUCGACCGUCUCGCUGGGUUGCUCUCCCAAACCGAGGGAAAGACCACCUACGGCGGAGAUCUGGACCGAGCUACGAAAAAGUUUUCCCCGACUGUUGUCGCGAACGUUACCCUUGACGAUUCACUGAUGUCAGAGGAGCUCUUUGGUCCCAUUUGCCCGAUUAUUAAAGCGGAUUAUAAGCAGGCCAUCAAAAACAUUGGAGAUCUGCCUCACCCGCUUGCCAUUUAUAUCUUCAGCUCCAAGCAGUCGGAAAUUGAUGAGAUCUUGGGCGGUACGAACUCCGGAGGCUGUAGCAUCAAUGACGUGAUCAUCCACGCUGGGACCCCCAAUGCGCCAUUCGGAGGUGUAGGCGAAUCUGGGCAUGGUUACUACCACGGAACCUACGGCAUCGACGCCUUCUCCCACAUCCGUACCGUGGUCGAACCGCCGAGCUUCCUCCACAAGAUCACCGGGUUCCUUUACCCGCCGUUCGACGUAAAACACGCAAGCAAGAUCGCAGUAAAGAAUAAGUUGGGUUUCAAGCGUGGCGAGACGCUUCAGGAUCAGAAGAUCAAGGUUGGUUUCCUCUGGCGACUUCAACAGCUCAUCCCUUUCGCGGGCUGA